GUCGCACGCCUGCAGGAAGAACUAGACGCCGCGAAGAAGCAUGUUGCUUUCCUGUCCUGUCGACUCUCGGCUAAUACCUCGGUUGUGCAGGCGUUCGAACAGAGCUUGCACAGUAUGAGUACGCGCAUGCAACAGAUUAUGAAGGUGUCAUCCAUAAAGGACAAAGAAGUGAAAGAACUGAGAAACCUCGUUGGACAACUUCGUGUUCAACUGUCGAUUGCAAUCGGACAGACAAACGACGGACACCGCAAAAACGACAAGGAACUAGCAGAUGCUAGCGAAGUCCUUAAACAUCACAUCCUGGGAAUCCUCAAAAGCAAUGAGCACAGUAAUAUUACGGACGCGGAUUCGGCCAGUAAUUUUCUUCGAAGUUCUAGCUACCAGGAGAUGAGCCGAAUCUCGGCAGAUUCAUCGCAGCAGUUGAACCCUUUCUCUACCCAAGAAUCCCUGGAGCAUUUGCUGCUUCACAACUCUGGCAGACUUAACCGGUCGCCAUCCAGCUCCAGCGCCGAAUCACCCUCCACGACUUGCCCCAACGUCGGUUUUGAUGGGCAGUCAGUCAGUUCCGAUGACCUGUCGAAUCUGCAGAACCAGCUGGCUGACAAGGAUCUGCGACUGACGGACGCUCAAUUGGAGUCACUUUCGCGGUUCCACCAGUUGCAACAAAUGCAGACUCUGCUGACCAGCCUUCAAAGUGAAAUUUCGUUGCUUCGCGAGGAAAAUGAGCAAUUGCACCAGACCGUUGAUCGGUGUUCGCAGAGUGGCGGAUCAGAGAGUUUGGGCGCCAGUAUCUUCGCCCCGCGCAUUCAUAGUACGGAGCUGUUAAAGAGGAAGCACCAUACCGGUCUUUCUACAAUUCACAUCCUCUCCUGGAUGCUUGGUGAACCAAAACCAAAGAUCAAAUGCUCAGACUUCGUAUUUAUCUACACCGCAGAGCUGUCAAGCUGA